CCCUGAUCAAUGGGAAGAGCCGAUGAUGUCGGCUCUGUCAUGUGAUCAGCUGUGUCCAAUCACGGCUGAUCACAUGGCACUGAUGAUCAGUGUGCCCUGAUGAUCAGUGUAGCCCCAUCAUUGCCACCUGUGAGAGUGUCCAUCAAUGCCACCUGUCAGUGCCCUUCAAUGCCACCUGUCAGUGUCCAUCAGUGCCACAUCAAUGCCACAUAUCAGUACUUACCAGUGCACAUCAAUGCCACAUAUCAGUGCCCAUCUGAGCUGCCUUUCAGUGCCAGUCAGUGCCACCUAUCAGUGCUGCCAAUAAGUGCCACCUAUCAGUGCCGUCGAACAGUGCCAGUCAGUGCC